ACAGGUGGGAGGAGGAGAGGGGUUGUAUGCUUUCGCUAUAAUCUCUUUCACACGAAACGUGAAGCUUUCUUACCAAAACUCAAAACACUUCUCCAAACUGUCCGUGAGAGAAGAGGGGAAGUGGUUGCUCAAGAGUUGCCAAAACUUUCCUUUCUCAUAACUGACAUUUGUAGUGGCAUUGACUGGCAAGCAUGGCAGGCGGGUCCGUGUCGGAGUGUAAGGAGUACUUGUUUAAAGUUUUGGUGAUCGGGGAAUUGGAUGUUGGAAAGACGAGCAUCAUCAAGCGAUACGUUCAUCAACUUUUCUCGCAACACUAUAGAGCGACCAUAGGCGUGGAUUUUGCGCUCAAAGUCAUGAACUGGGACAGCAAAACACUAGUGCGGUUACAGCUGUGGGACAUCGCAGGUCAAGAACGGUUUGGGAACAUGACCAGAGUUUACUAUAAGGAAGCAGUGGGUGCAUUUGUUGUUUUUGACAUUACUCGAGGCUCUACGUUUGAGGCUGUUUCAAAGUGGAAGCACGAUCUGGACAGCAAGCUGAAACUGGCCAAUGGUAAUCCUAUCCCUUCAGUACUUCUGGCCAAUAAAUGUGACCAGAAGAAAGAUGGAUCCAACAAUUCUUCCCUUAUGGACAACUUCUGCAAGGAGGCUGGAUUUUUGGGUUGGUUUGAAACAUCAGCUAAGGAAAACAUAAACAUCGAUGAUGCUGCACGAUUCUUGGUGGAGAACAUCCUUCUGAAUUAUAAAGUCCUUCCAUAUGAGGAUAGCAAUGGUGACAGGAUUAAACUGGACCAACAAACAUUGCCUGCUGAGAGCAAGUCAGGCUGCUGCUAGCGUGGAUGCAAUUGUCUGUUCCAUCACCCGCCGUGGAUAGGAGGCAGAAGUCCAGGGACCAAGCCCAAUAAAUCCCCCCAACCCACAAAACCAUCCUAUGCAUCUUAAUCUAAAACCCACAAAAGAUGCCACAGACACAUAGGAAGAGGCAGACUCUUGUCAGUUUGUGCUCCAAAAUGGGAGAAGUCACUGUCAAAGGACAAAUGCGGAAAACCUACCAUAAAGAAAAAAAUACCAAUAGUCUCAUAAAGCUGUAUGUAGUGAGGUGUUUUUUAGUAUCGAGCAGGUAGCUUGCAUUCUUGCAUUUUGUAAUAUUGCUUAUACUAAAUGAACCAUAAUGGGUGUUAUAGGUAUAGACAAAUGCCAGUAAAAGUUCUCUAUGCAAAGCUGAAAUUAAACUAGUGUCUUCACAGAAGGUGAGCCGUUUUAAUGUACUCGGAUUAAGAUAUUUGAUUCUGUUUUUGGGAGUAUCCACCCUAAAUUAAGCAGGAAAGAAGUUCUUGUGAUGUCACUAUAGCAAAUUAGUGCAUAUUUCCAGAGCAUUUAGUAAAUGCAUGUUAGGAAGGAAGCUCCCUCUAUUGUCAAUUUUGAAGCUUUUAUCACAAAAGUACGUUAUAAAGAGAAGAAUAUCAAAAACACAAGCCUAUCAGUUUUCCUCUUUUAGAAGGUCUGUAAGAGUCAUGAGCAUUCAAAUGCAUAUGUGGUUCUCAGAGAGUAAGAUGGUAUUAGGUUUCCUCAGGCUCAUGUACAUGUUAACAUUCAAACAUUUUGAUUUAGAUUUUUUUUUAAUGGUUCUAAAUAAGGGAUCUGAACAUAUGAUCUGCCCAUGCCUGUAUUCUACAAUUAACUUGAUGCAAAUAUAAUCUUAUUUCAUUGUCAAUAUGCUGGAAAUUGUCAAGUUUACAAAAAUUUGUUGACUUAUCAGUGAUUAAUACAAUUUUAAACCUAAAGUUGUUAAGGGACUAUUCUAUGUCUGUGUGUGAACUUGUGGAUAUGUGAGAGAAUUUAAAAGUCUAACAAAGGUUUAAUUAUGAUUAAAGGUGCACUCAGUAAUGUUUCUCCAUUAAUUGUUUUUUAAAGAAAUGAAUUGUCAUUUUGAAACAUAUUUAUAAAAUCAUUAGCACUCACAUGAGAUGAGGACUCUAGUCCUAUCAGUAACCUUAUCAAAGCUAUUUAUUCUACAUGGUGCAGGGGAGCCCUCAUGGGGGCUGCCAUUUUAGAAUCACAUGACCAUCUGAACACUACUCUCUUAAUCUCAGUAACCGUCUUGUUAUUGGACACUUUCACUCUUGGAUUAAAUUAAUCAUGGAUGAUUGUGAAUAGUGAAUUUCUACAGUGGCAUCUGUAACUGAAAACUAUUGAUUUUGAAUGAUGCAGCCUCCACACCACUAGGUGUUACUGUAAAUCCAAGAUGACACGAACAAAGAUCUACUGAGUGCACCUUUAAAGAAAUUUGGCAAUGCAAAAGGAAUAGUUCACCCAAAAAUGAAAAUUCUCUCAUUGUUUCCUCUACCUUAUGCCAUCCCAGAUGUGUAUGACUUUCUUUCAUCUGCUGAAGACAAAGAUAUUUAGAAGAAUCUUUCAGCUCUGUAGUUCCAGACAAUGCAAGUGAAUGGUGGCAAGAACUUUGAAGAUUAAAAAAAGGCAGCACAAAAGCAAACAAACGACUGCACUGGGUAAAUCCAUCUCUUCAGAAGCGAUAUGAUUGGUGUGGGUGAGAAACAGAUCAAUAUUUAAGUUCUUUUUUUACUAGUUUUUGGAAACUAGAUGUGAUCUAGGAGUGUAGGACAUUGAAGAGACUGUAAAUUUGUCCCUCUCAGCCUCGUUUUCAUUCACAUAAAAAAUGUGGUCUAUGGAGUAGUGCGAUGUGCUCCCACAAAUAGGCCAACCUGAAUACGGUAAAUUGUUUUAUGUAUCUGUAUGUGUUCACAGCUUUAGUUAUGUCAUUUAAAUAACAAGUCAAGGGUGUUAGCACACAUUUUUUUCUCAAUAGAUUUUAAGAGAAGUUGGGGGCCUGGAGUUUUUUUAUGACAGAGAAAAGAUAUAGAACCGAGGUAUCAUAAUCACAAGCUUCCAGUUUUUGUUUUGUUUCUUUUUCUCAGGAAGCAGCAAGCUGCUGUCGUUUUAUGGACAUGUAAAAUGCAGUGGAUAAACUCAAAAGUUUAUUGAAGGAGUUCAUUGGCGCGAGACCUGGCAGUAGCCCUGCGCUCGAGCUGUCGUAAUCCCAAAAGAUCAUGUCGCCUAGCAACAUGGCAAACUUUCCACACUGCCUCAGUCUCUGGGCAGCGUUUCUUAGUCAUUAUUAUCUUCCCUUCUUUAAUCAGCCAAGUGUGCCUUUAAAGUAUGAACUUUUAGAUUAGAACUACAUUCAACUGCAAUGGCGAAGUCACCCAAGAAAAAAGCAUCCUCGUCCAGCCUCGUCUCUUCUUCGCAAGGACAAUCUCCCCCCAAAAAGGAAGGAUUGACUAAAGAUUCAAUCAUAUAAACUUGUGGCAUUGAAAAUAAAUAUCU